GCAAACGAUGGUCGCGUCACCGUCAUCGGCGCGGCGUGGCCCGCUGUGGCCUCCACCGUGACGUCGGGCGAUCGCUCCGCAAUCGAACGAGGGCACGUAGAAUUCGGUCGCAGCAGCGCAGGAGGCGACGAUAAAUAGCAGGAGGAGACGCCUCGCCACGUGGUGCCCCUGCGGCAUCAAGGGCAGCCGGAGACUCUCCCUCCCUCCCUCCCUCCCUCGCAUCUCUCUCUCUUUGCCUGCUUUCCGCAAUCCGCAUGGUGGCGAGUGGCGGUUCCCUCGCGAUGGAAUAAUCCCUGGUUGCCCACCUAUUCCUGGUUUGGUUCCCUGAUUUGCCUCGAUUUCGCUGGUAUUUUCCCCUAACUUGCCUCGAUUCUCCCCGAUCCGGGGUCUCCUUUUCUUGCGGCGUCGUCGCCUGUCGGAUAUGAGAAGGGCGAGAUGGAAGCAGGAGGCUUCGUGCUCCGAUAGAGAACGAUCCGUUUCUUAGUGGGAAAGCGAUCAUUUUGGAGGAGGAUUGCAUGAGGAGUAACUACGACAAGGGCGGAUUCCUAGCCAUCGCCCUGAAUCCUUCGCUUGCUCUUCCAUUGCCUCCCGGUUCCUAGUUUUGGCAGCCUGAGAUGGAAAUGAGCGCAACUGUGGAUGAUUCUCCGCGUGCUAAGUUCCUUUGCAGCUUCGGGGGAAGUAUCCUUCCGCGACCGCUUGAUGGUCGGCUCCGCUAUGUUGGGGGAGAGACCCGGAUCGUGACUGUUCCCCGUGACAUCUCGUACGAGGUCUUUUUGGCUCGAAUGCGGGAGCUCUUUGAUGGGGUCUCGAUCAUCAAGUAUCAGCAACCAGACGAGGACCUCGACGCGUUGGUGUCAAUUGUGAAUGACGAGGAUGUAAUGAACAUGAUGGAGGAGUACGAUAAGCUCAUGUCUGCAGGUGAUGGCCCAACGUGGCUGAGGAUCUUCCUUUUCUCACACUAUCUUGAUCAAGAGUCAACCACCAUCAGUAUGAACUAUGAUGCUGAUGACUGCGAGCAGAGGUACAUUGAUGCCAUUAACAGCCUCGUCGAUGCACAAUCCCCUUCACCUCCUGAUAUAUCAGACCAUUACUUUGGGCAUCCUAGCAUCGAUGGGGAAAUUCCCGAUCAAGUUACCUUGCAUCAACUUAACAUCCCUUCCCAUGAGCAAAGAUAUGGGGAAAUGGAUACUCCUCGGAGCCCUGCAUUAUACUCUCCAAGACGGCUUGUUGCUAAUGACCCACAGGAAUUCUCUUCUUCACCAACAUCUGACAGAUUUCACCUUGGAGUUGGGGAGUUCAGUGAUAGGAUUCCAGAUGAUUAUUAUAUUCGUCAGACAGGAGGGCACCAUAUGCAUCACUAUGAUCAUCAUUCUCCAACCUCUGCAGAAAGUUUUGGGUGGAUACCCACAGGAGCAGUUGUUCAAGAAAAAUCUGGAUUUCCAGCUAAUUUGGGUCACUCUCAUAAUAUGAUUGAGGUAAAUGGUGUUUGUGAGCAUUGCCACAUGACUUUCCAGAGGAACCAUGGUAUGCCGGAUGCACGUUUUCAGGACACUCACUGGAGGCAUGGGCCACCAUACAUGGAGCAACAGAACACGGCAAAUGAAUACAUGGGAUUUCCGAAUUCAUCUGCUGAAUUUUAUAAUGACAGAGAUUCAUUCAUGGCAAACCGAGACAUUAAGGUAGGCCAUGGUGUGUAUGUAAAUGAACAACAUCCAAUACUUAAUGAAUCCCACAAUCAUGAAUAUGGGUGGGCCGUCCACAACAAUCAGUUUUCUCAUACUCACAGACUCGAAGAUAUGCGGAUCUACCAAAAUGGAAUUAAUAGGAUAAGUGAACACAAUCUCGAAGGCAAUAUGAUCAAUAUCCCAUUUGUACAGGGAAACACUAAUGACGAGCAAUCAUUCCCUUCCAAUUGCAUCACUCUGAAUGAGUCAUACAUCCGGCAUGGAGCAAUUACUGGAAAUGAAAAUUUUCUACCUCAACAUAUUUUAGGAUCAGUUCCAAAUGCAAAUAUGCUAGUAGCUGAAGAUACUGCAACACGGUAUCAUAAUCAGCUGUCUGCAUAUGGAUUUGAGGGUCCCUUCCAAGGCACACACAAUCUGCGUCCAAUUCAACCUUUAUGGAUAAAAAGACAGGUUCCUGCUCACCCUGGAACAUCAUCACAUGAUCUCACGAGUUCAACGAUCCCAAAUGGGGCGGAGAGAGGUUUUACAAGAUAUAUGCAAGAGGGAGGAAGUCCAAGAUUUUCCAAUGCUUCAGUUGAGGGUGAAAUUAGAAAUGCAAUGUUGAAUCAGAAUAACAAUCUACCCCAUCGAAUGAUUGCCCUCAAAGAAUCUUCUUUCUCAGAUUAUGCCCAUCAGGAUGGUAUGAUAACAAACCCCUCCAAUAUUAAUUGUCAGGAUGGAGAUCUCCUUACAGCAGGUUUUUCUGGUACACAUACCAAAGUUCCUCUUGAAGCAGCUUCUCUUGUUCCUUCUUUUCAAAUUAACAAAGACCCAGACAUUUCUGGUGGGACUGAGGCCCACAGGUCUGCUCUCCAAAUGCAAGCUGCAGAAGGAAAAAAUAUUGCAAUUUCAGAUGAACCUGAAGCAAAUAUUGCUUUUUCUCCAAAGAGUAGUCGGAAUUUGGAAUUUUCUUUGAAAGAGCUUCGGCUUUCUGAAAAGGAAGAAAGCAUAAUCAAACAUCUUGGUGUUGAGAAUGAUGUUACUCAUGGAGAUGGGGAUAUGUCAGAGGAGAACUUGACAUUUUUACCUGAGUUGAUUGCUUCUGUGAAAAAAGCAGUUUUGGAAGGUGCUGAGGAAGUGGUGGCUAUGGUCCAAUCAAAUUCUGAAUUGGUUGUAUCAUCUACUCAGGGAAAGAAAGAAUCAGUAUUUGAAAACAAACCUGAUAAUGCCAAUAUGGAUAUUCAGGCUGACAAAAAUGUAAAUAGUGAAGAUGGGGAACCUUGUGAAAUUGUGCCAAUGACAGCUGAAGAUGGAGAUUCAGCUGAAGAAUUACAGAAUGCCGAAGAAAAUAAUGGAAAUGAGAAACUUUGUAAAAUUGAGCCCACAACUGCUGAAGCUGAAGCUUUAUCAAAAGGGCUACAGACUAUAAAAAAUGAUGACCUGGAAGAAAUCAGGCAGCUUGGUUCAGGCACGUUUGGCUUUGUCUAUUAUGGAAAAUGGAGAGGUUCUGAUGUUGCUAUAAAAAGAAUAAAAUCUAGCUGCUUCGCAGGGAGGCCAUCUGAGAGAGAACGCCUGAUUGCAGAUUUCUGGAAAGAGGCUCUAAUAAUGAGCCACUUACACCAUCCCAACAUUGUUUCAUUUUAUGGCGUAGUUCGAGAUGGACCAGAUGGAUGCUUAGCAACAGUGACGGAAUUCAUGGUGAAUGGAUCACUUAAACAAUUUCUGCAAAAGAAAGACAGAACCAUUGACCGCCGCAAACGACUAAUAAUAGCCAUGGAUGUUGCAUUUGGAAUGGAGUAUUUGCAUGGAAAGAACAUAGUUCAUUUUGAUCUCAAGUGUGAAAAUUUAUUAGUCAAUAUGCGAGAUCCACAUCGUCCUGUUUGUAAGAUUGGUGACCUUGGUUUAUCGAAAGUGAAACAACAUACAUUGGUGUCGGGUGGCCUUCGUGGAACUCUACCAUGGAUGGCCCCAGAGCUUUUAAGUGGAAAAAGUAAUAUGGUGUCUGAAAAGAUUGAUGUAUAUUCGUAUGGAAUUGUGAUGUGGGAGCUGCUUACUGGGGAAGAACCUUAUGCAGAUAUGCGUUGUGCUUCAAUCAUAGGGGGCAUUGUUAACAACGACAUUCGACCUAAAAUUCCAACCUGGUGUGAUCCUGAAUGGAAGUCCUUAAUGGAAAGUUGUUGGUCUUCUGAUCCAGCGUCCAGGCCAUCAUUUUCUGAGAUAUCUAAGAAGUUGAGGAAAAUGGCUGCAGCAAUUAAUUUGAAAUAAUGCUUAACUCUGGAUACACUUUCCUCUUCUUUUUUUAUCCUUUUUGUUUUUGUUUUGCAUUCUUAGUCACUUACUUUUGAGACAAUCAACUGCAUUAAUUAGUGUGUGUUUCACAAAACACAGCACCUUAGUGGAUGGGCCAUACCAUUCAUGCACAUUGGUAUGGCUACCAUACAGGAUCCCUUGUAGUGCAACUAUACCUUCAAUCCUAGUGUACAGAAUUAUCACUCCCAAACAGAGGCAGAUUAAUGUUAGCAAAAUUUCCUUGUUCA